AUGGUGUACACUGCCCUGAAAUCAGCACCCCGGUUCAGAGAUCUCACCAUCAGUAGUGGCCGUUGCCGUGCCGCCGGUGACACAGCGUCCGAGAAGUUCGUCUCCUUCGCGCUCGACGCUGCCUGCGACUUUUCCACUACCGCAGACCGCUCCAUCGACCUCGCCGCGACCCCGCGUGUCUCCCUCCUCACCAUCCCCAAACCCGUCGCCAGCGACUGCGACGGCACAGCCGUGGACUGGCUCAAGCAUGCCUGCGAGGUCGGGCCCAGCACUGGCAAUCUCUGCCUCUUGACCGACCUCAUCAGCCCCACGCUCUGCCGCUUCCGCCAUUCCCCGGCCUUCCUUAGGCUCGAUCCGCGGCGGAGGUGUCCGCUCCGAUGUCUCGUAUGGCGCCCACCCUGGCGCCUCGCUUCGUGCGGUCGACAUCCGCGACGACGCGGACAUCGCACCCACGCCCGCUCCUCGUGCCCGCCCGCCACCAUCGCGUCCAUCAUCGUCGACCUCGACGUGGUGUCGCUCCACGGACGCAACGACGCCAUCGACACGGAGGCCGAUGUGAAGGGGAACGGGAAGAUGCACGUCUCCGUGUGCCGCUCCAACGCGUCGCGCUUGGACAUCUACUCCCGGCGUUCCAUGGGGUUCUCCAGCACCACGCCGCGGCCCAGCAGCCUGACCAACACCGAGAUCGACUCGCUGGAGCCCCACGACGUGGGGUUCCGCUACGUCUGCUACUCCAUGGUCGGCCGCUGCUCCAACUUCGCCGGGGACGCGUUCGGGCUGAGCAUCUGCGCCACGUCCGGGUUGUCCAACUACGAGGAGGAUGCGCAGGGCAAGGUGAACAUUGAACUCGGCCCUGCACCCCUCGAGAUCCCGCUGCAGCACUGCACAACGCUCUUCCGGGCCCUGCUGUACGAAGCCUGCGGGCGGACUAUCGGUCUCAUGUGGGCGGACGUCUGGGACGUCCUCUGCGGCGAAUUCCCCCGUGCUCUCUCCGCCAUCCCCAAGCCGGACUACUCCGCCUUCUGCCUCGAUGUCGCCCCCAGCAAUACUGAAGACUACAUGCCCGCCAACUGCUCGACGGUAUGCCUGGGCACCGGUAUUGGCGUUCUGGUGUCCACGGGAGGUGUGUCAGCGGUGCCACCAUCAUCUCCGAAGUCCUCAUGUCUUGGCUUCCUGACCCCGAUGCUUGCCAUGCCGAAUGCAUCGUCGCUCCAGGACGUGGUUAAUACAGACGCAGUGGAGGCAGACGUUUAUGCAGUUUAUCUGAAGGAUAGAGAAGGCGUGCUGAAGCAAGUUGGAAAUAUUCCUGGAAGGAUAAAUCUCACAGGCAAACCAUUGAUUCUGAGUGGAAGCUGCACCAAGGAAUGCUAA